AUGAUUUCACUGCAAAUCUCCAGAUAUGACUCCUUUCGAGAUCAUAUAUAUAUACAUCGAUCACUCUUGGAGCUCUCAAGACGAAUUUCGAAGAGGUCGGUGAAGCGAAACGCAACAGCGACUCAUCGGAAUCUCCAGGGGACCCUAUAUGCGAACCUUUCAUGUGUGAACGCGAUCGAUGGUUAUUACUCUCAAUCGUAUCGGCUUCCAUUUUCAUUUGAUUCCGAAAUUCCGCGUCUAUACACGCGUCAAUUAUGUCCCACAUCUGUACCUGACAGACAUGAACGUGUACAGGCAUACGACACUGAUGACAUUGACUGCAGUUCAGCAAUAUGUACGAACUGUAGGAGUAUUGCAUGGACGCGAAUGCGAGCUGCCAUCAAGUUGUCACACGAAAAUUCAAGCAGAACAAGAAGCAUGAAGAAACGUGUAAGGUGGGGAAGCGUACAAGUAUUCCAUUACGACGACCAAAGCAUUCUUUCGAGUUUCAGCACAACUUAG